AUGGCUCAUCAUAGUUCAGGGGAUCCUGCAUGGGCUCAUGCCCGUGCAGGUGCUUCCUCUGCUUCUGUGGCCUCUGCCCCUGCAAGAUUAGAUGAUCCCGCAUGGGCUCAUGCUCGUGCAGUGCCUAAUGCAAAAAAUAACACUAUAUGUUUGCAUUGUAAUAAGUUGAUUAAAGGGGGUGAAAUUGGGAACCCAUAUGAUGUUGAUGAGGAGGAGGAGGAGGAGGAUGAUGAGGUUAGGGUUGUUGAAAAGAGUCCCCCUCAAACAUUAGGUAAACGAAAAUCUAGGGGAAAGGAUGUUGACAAUGAUAUGAGUCAAGUAAGAGGAAAGAAGAAAAUUAAGAGUUAUUUUGCUCCUAGAACAACCCCCGGUGCUCAACCCUCUAUAAGAAGUACUUUGGCUACAAAAGCAAUGAUUGAUAAUGCAAAAAUGAAUGUGGCAAGAUGGUGGUAUCAUUCUAAUGUACUCUUUUAUGCAUCUCAGUCACCUUAUUAUCAACCUAUGAUUGAUUCCAUUGCUGCUAUUGGGCCGGGGUUUAAGGGGCCUUCUUUUUAUGAGUUGAGGGGACCCCUUUUGAAAAAUGUUGUCCAUGAAGUUAAUGAUUUUUUGUUAGAUAUAAAAAAUGAUUGGAAAGUAUAUGGCUGUUCACUGAUGUCUGAUGGGUGGACAUAUCAAAAGCAACAACCAAUAAUGAAUUUUUUGGUGUAUUGUCCAAGGGAAGCCAUGUUCUUGAAAUCUAUUGACACUUCAGGCCUUACAAAGGGUGCUGAAACUUUGUUUAAUAUAUUUGAUUCUGUUGUUCAAGAAAUUGCUCAUUGCAUAGACUUGAUGUUGGAGAAUAUUGCUAAUCCUAGGUGGUACCCUCUUAUUGAUGAAGUAAUUAAGAAGGCAAAAAAGAUAACAAAGUUCAUUUACAACCAUGGAGUUGUUUUAGACUUGAUGAGGCAAGAUUUUACAAAUGGAAGGGAGUUAUGUCGUCCUGCAAUUACAAGGUUUGCCACUAACUUCUUAAGUCUACAAAGCAUGCUAAGGUUCAAAAAAGAGCUUAGACAAAUGUUCACUUGUGAUAAAUGGCUUUCAUGCCCCCAUGCUAAGACUGCCGUUGGGAAGGAGAUAAGUAAAAUUGUUUUGGAAGAUUAUGCGUUUUGGUUUCAAUGCAAGCACAUAGUGAAAGUUAGUGAGCCUUUAGUUAGAGUACUUCGUCUUGUUGAUGGGGAUGAGAAACCUGCUAUGGGGUACUUGUAUGAAGCAAUGGAUAAAGCAAAAGAGGAAAUAAAAAGAAGGUUGAAGAACAAAGUUUCUUUGUAUGGACAUUAUGUUAGAGUUAUUGAUACUAGAUGGGACAAACAACUUCAUAGUCCUCUACAUGCAUCAAGUUGCUUUCUUAACCCUGCAAUAUACUUUAGGCCUUCAUUUAAAAGUGCAAUUGGUUGUGAGAGAAAUUGGAGCACAUUUGAAUAUGUUCACUCAAAGAAGAAAAAUAGAUUGGAACAUAAACGAGUAAAUGAUUUGGUCUUUGUCCAUUAUAAUUUGAGGCUUCAAGAAAGGAACAUUCAAAGGAAUAAGUAUGCAAUGGAUCCUAUAAGCUUGGAUAACAUUGACUUGAUGGGAGAUUGGGUGGCUGAAGAACCUACACUUCUUAAUCCAGAUGACAUAAAUUGGGAUUGCCUUAAUGAACCAGCAACCCUAGUGACUGUGGAAGAGGAUGCUGAACUUGAAACUAUUGAUGUUGAUGACGAUGAUGAUGAUGACAACAACAAUGAACAUGUCUUGACAAAUCUUCCAAUGGGUGCUAGUAGUUCUUAUGGGAGUUCUUUUGAUGAUGAGUUUGAUCCUUUUUUCAUGGAUGAUGAUGAGGAGGAGUAG